GCUAAGGUCAGCAACCACACAGCCAAUUGGACAAACCAGAGCCGAGCUUCUUCCACUUUGUUGUUGUCUACCUGAACCCCCCAGGAAACCUCUUUAUCACCCGGCCAUGCGCACAUCGUAAACACCACCAUUGGCUUUGUUGAUCUUUUGGUUUUUUUGGGUUCCCCAAUUUCCGUCUACCUCCCGUGCCACAUCAUCUACCAUUAUCGUUUUUAUUUUCGGUGGUAUUUUUUUUUGCUAUACCAUAUUUGCGCUGCGGUGGCAGAGCUACCUGCACGCACGCCUGCCCCAGACAGCACUCGUGGGAUUAGUUUGCGAAUCUGAUUUCCUGAGAUUGGAUCGCUUUCGCGGCGGUCACUUUGGGCGCUUCGUCAGGGAGCCCUUUCCGCCACUUUUCAUUUUUCUUUUCCACCUCUCGCGCGCGGCAGAGCAUGCUUAAGCCAUCAACACUCAGUACUACUACCACCUAAUCUACCAGACUUCUGAGACUGUAGGAUGGCCUCGGAAGAAUCGGUACAGCCAUUGCGUCUGUCGAGGAAUAGCGCCGCAUCUCAGCCAGCGGUUGCCAGCUCUAUUCCUCGCGCGUUGACCGAGAUAUCACCAACCGAGAAGCGACGAAACUCGCCAAGCUGGAACCAGACCACCAAGAAAAUGACGCUCAGUACCGACUCUUCUCCAUUCCAGUCGUCCCCACUGGAUGGCGCCACUUCGCCUCGAUUGUUCUGGAAGAACCGCAACAUGAACUCGGAGAAUAACUCGCUCUACGGAGGCCGCGCCGGCUCACCAUCUCCUACACGACGCUCUUCCAUAGAGCGUCUGCAAAAGGCUUCUCGCGUCAAAAAUAGCAACAUCCUCGCUCUAGAGCAGAAGCAGGAAUACGAUCCCACCAGACUUCCCCAGGUAGAGCGACCCCUAGCUAAAGUCCAAGGCAACGCGUAUGGCGGAACUGGGGCUGCCGGCCUGAGAAGCCCCGAGGCCAAAAUCAUGGGCCACCAGAGGACUGGGAGCAAAUCUAGCAUUCCGCUAUACAGCCCGACAAAGGCCCCAGCCCCAGCCACUAGCACAAGCAUCACAACUUCUCCUCCAGUUUUCAAUCCACCACAGACUCCGAGCAAAGAGUCGGCAUCACCUAUGAAAUCAUCACUAUCCACGAGCCGUUUUAAGAGCAGCUAUGAUCAGGAUUCGGCGGCAGACAGUUCACAGGACGAGCGUCAAUUGGCCAAUGGCCGAUACCUCGCACGUCAUGCGAAGAGCGUCACCUUCGAUGCCGCUCCUCCACAAGUCAACGAGUAUGAGAUGGCCACGCCUGACUUGUCUUCCAUUGGAAGCAAUUCGCGAGAGGGGAGCUUUGAGUCGGAGGAAGACGAUGAGGACUACGGAGAACACUAUGGCGUGCACGAGCCUGGCGCCCAUGACGACAGCUUCGAUGCGUCUCUCGAGGACACAGACAAGACACCUGUUGUAGGGCCAGACGAGUGGAGGCAGGACAGUCCGGCUGUUGCGCGUAACAGUCAGCUCGAGGAUCCGUUCGACGGCAGCCCCAUGCCGGAGACUGUUCCCACCAUGGCGUCUAACGGGCGACCUCAGACAAGCAGAGGAAACUCGGCCAGCUCCAACAACGGCGACCACCGGCCGCUUCCUCCUUUGCCUGGUGUUCCUCAGGCGGCAGGUGCUCAGCGCACUCUUCCAUCGCCUCCACCUGCAGCUGCCCCGAACAAGUCAGAGCAGCAGAACAUCGGCAAUGGCAGAAUGCCACUCGAGGAGCGCCUCAGGCUGAUGAUGCUCUCGGACGGUGGCAAGACUGCUGCUGAGCAGCAGAGAGAGCGUCGCAUGCGACGUGCUGGUGCUCGUGACCGGGUCGGUAGUCCCACACCAGAGCGCGAGGCUCCCAGCGCUAGCAUCAACGCAUGCGCGAACGCCGAGGUCGAUGCCAGCUUCCAGGAUGAGGAGGAUGAUCAGGUUGGCGACAUCUCAGCCCUGGAGGAGUAUCAGCUACCCCCUAGGAUCUCAAGGGAGUCCAUUCUUCGCCGUGUUAAUGGCAACAAGUCCCUUGAGCGCGAGUCCGAUUAUCAAUUCUCCUCUCCAAUCCCAAGCUCAAGCCCUGAGCGUCCGAGUCCCGAACGCCCGCUUUACAGCCCUGAUCGUCCUCUUCCGCUUGAUCCUGACGUCCCCAUCCCAAGCACUGAGGACUCGUAUAUGGAUGACAGCGAGUCCAGUGUGGUGAUACACCGGGAUGAAGAGGACGACGACCACACUGACGAUUCCUUGUACGACAUGCCUGAUGUCUACGACCCUACCCAUAGGAACUUUGAUGAUCGUGCCACCACUGAGGACAGGUCGGAUGAAGAAGAUGACGAUGAGACCCAGGAUGGAAUUGACUCCGAGAGUCACUACUCCGAUCUUCCUGUCGCAAAGGCUCAGCCUCGGGCGGCCGAAGAAGAUGUCACGACAACUCCUCGAGCUACCUCGCCCGUUGAGGCUCCCCCGCAGGAAACCAUGGAAGAGUCUCCCGAGCCACCCAAAGUGCCAGAAAAGCCCAGGACCAUCGAUUUCGGAAGUGAUCUGCAAGAGUAUAUGCUGCCUAGGCCGGACAAACUCGACACAACAAAGAUCCCACAACUCGAGUCGCCGUCCCAACAUCGCCCCUCCACUCCCGACCGCCCAGUCCUCUCCAAGCCCGAAUACGAUGGUUCAGGCUGGGGAGAUGAUGAUGACUUCUCUGAGCCUGGUACUCCUGAGUCAGUCAUCCAUCAUCCUAUGCCCGACGAUGAUUACGACCCAGAGGACGAUUUGCCUCGCACUCCUCAGUCGCCUCGGGCAUCUCCCGCCAUUCCUGAAGAGUUUGCAACUAUCAAAGCCUCUGGAUCAAAGCUCAAGACUCGACCAUCAGCUACGCCGUCUGACCUGGUAGCCAUGCGUGAAGCAAGGCGCCAAGUCAGUCGCGAGAUCCCUGAUGUUCCAGUUAUCCCAGACCGCCACAAGAGCGGCCUGGGUGCAGAAUUUAGCAUGUCUGAGAGCGAGGCUUUCCUCGAGCGUCACCCUAGCUUUAAGGAGCGAAGCCUCACACUAGACCUCGAUCUUGGUCUAAGCCUUGACCAGGACUUUGACCGAGUGAUAGAGUCACAAAAGCGCGGUUACCUCAUGCGUCAGAACACCAAGGUUGUUACAGCCAGCGACAAAGAUCGUGAUGAGUAUCGGUUUGCUCGGUCGGCUGGAAACUCACCUGUAAAGCAGGAUCGUCCGCAAUCGUGGACAGUCGAGCCAUGGAACCCUCAAGUUAGGAAAAAGAGCGUUCGGAAACGACCCACCCCUUCAUCAGGUCCUGUCCCUCCCCUUCCAGGCCAAGAGAGCAACGUGGCUGGUCUCAGCACGCUCGCCGAGGAUGACCUUGCCGUCGAUUUGACACCUGAUGACAAUGGCGAAAGAGGACGAUUGUUUGUCAAAGUCAUGGGUGUCAAGGAUCUCGACUUACCUCUGCCAAGGAAUGAGCGGACCUGGUUCAGCCUCACGCUGGACAACGGUGUCCACUGCGUGACAACAGCUUGGUUGGAAUUGGCUCGCAAUGCACCCAUCGGGCAAGAGUUUGAGCUCGUUGUACCAAACGACCUUGAAUUCCAGCUGACGCUCAACGUAAAACUGGAAAAGCCUGCGCCGCAGAAGAUUGUACAGUCACCCACUAAGCUCAGCCGGCCCAAGACUUCAACAUUUAGCAGGGUGUUUGCCUCGCCGAAGAAGCGCAAGGAAAUGGAGAUGCGCAUGCGGGAGGAGGAGGAGCGCCUGGCACGUGAACAGCAGGAAGCCAACGCCAGGAUGCGGAGCCGGCAGCAACCAACUGCUUGGGACCUUCUCUCCCCGCUUGCUGCAGAUGAUGGCAGCUUUGCUCGCUCCUACAUUUCUCUCAAGGAGCACGAGUCGAAAUGUUUUGGUCGACCUUAUGUCGUCGAUAUUGCCUGUUUCAACGAAUGGGCUGUGGAAGAAGCUGGAUUUGCUUCCAGCGUCAAGAGCAAGCGAGGGAACACUGGUCAGGUAGUCCGUCGCGCACCUUACAAGAUUGGCAAGCUGGAGCUUCAGCUCCUUUUUGUGCCAAGGCCGAGAGGUUGCUCUGAUGAUGAUAUGCCCAAGAGUAUGAACUCUUGCAUUCGGGAGAUGCGAGCCGCCGAGGAGCGUCUUUCCCGAAACUGGGAGGGACCCUUGAGCCAGCAGGGUGGCGAUUGUCCAUACUGGCGCCGACGCUACUUUAAGCUUGUUGGCACAAAGUUGACUGCCUAUCAUGAGGCGACUCGUCAGCCUCGUGCUACCAUCAACUUGGCCAAUGCCAAGCGCCUGAUUGACGACAGGCGAGCCCUGAUUGAGAAAGAAACAACGGGCAAGGGUGGCAAGCGACGCCGAUCGGCGUUCGCCGAGGAAGAAGAGGGCUACAUGUUCGUUGAGGAAGGUUUCCGCAUCCGUUUCAAUAACGGUGAAAUCAUCGACUUCUACGCCGACACCGCCCAAGACAAGGAGGGCUGGAUGAAGGUACUAUCCGAGGUCAUCGGACGCGACAGCAUUAGUGGCGAUGACGACAACGCCAGCCUCAGGACGAAGAACAGGUGGUGCGAGCUCGUCCUCAAGCGGGAGGAGGCCAUCAAGAAGAGAGCCGAGGGUAGGCGAGUUCACUCGCGCACCAAGAGCAUGCACUUGUGAGACCUUAUCUCCUGGUGUCUAGGGCGCAUCUUUGGCUUGCUGCUAGAGGCAAGUCGGUUGCUCCCUUCAUAUUUCUUUUAUGAUUGCUGUUUUCUUGAUUUUCUUUCAAAGACAUUGCAUGGAAUAGUGGUUGUUGUUUUACUGUUCUUUUGCUCUUUGUCUCCUUUGUUUCUGCUGGAGUAUAUUGGCAUCUGGGUAUUUAAUGGUAGUUGCGUUGAGGGGGAGUGAAACGGUGUUUCUUUAUUGUAUGGAUUUUUCUGAUCCGAUUUUCCCGCGCUGGCUUGGUCAAGAAAAAGGCGCAAAAAGAGAACAUGGCGAAUGGUGUACUGCAUGGACAAAGCAGGCGGGAAAGUCGGCGGCUGCUCCGAAACCGGUUCUUCGAUUCAUUUUGACCCCUGGAGGGCCGGCCGUUGUAGCCUGUAUGAAAUUGUACCAAGAUAAUGAUCGUUUGCUUUCAUACAGCAGUUGAUUUUUUAUUUUUGUUUUCAUGUUUUUUUCUGCCGAUUCUGUAGCCUGAAUUGGAAAUGUUUGGUACCAAACCACUUGCAUCUCCCGUAGUCUAUUCCUGUCGUUUGUUCCAUUCAAUACAGUCGUCCAGCUUAACG